CGCAUCACUUGCGACAUAUACGACCACUACAUAUCCAGCCUGUUCCCCUGCGCUUGUGGGCUUCGAGCGACACUUUAGCGCCAAGCCAAUCACCCACACCGACACAAUGAUCCCCGCCCAGCGCAACAAGAUUGACAUCAGCUCCCUUACCGAGGAGGAGCAAAAGGUGUUCCGCCUGUACGGCAAGCUGCCCAAUCGCAAGGAUCUUCUUGGUAACAAGCUCAAGGAGCGCAAAUACUUUGACUCGGGCGACUACGCCCUGUCCAAGGCAGGCAAAGCCCCCCAGCAAUCGGUCGGUACUGCAAUUCCGAACCCCGAGACGAUUCCGCAUGCUUCUACGGUCUCGUCGCCCCCGAACUGCACGGCGGCGCCCUCGAGCUUGGGCCAGAGCGUCGGUGCGGUGCCCGUCGCGGUGCCCAAUGCCAGUGGCAUUGGCCGGAGCCCGCCUCAGGUGAGCGCCUUCCCAACGGCCACUGGAAAUGGUCUGGCCGGCAGCCCGGCAAAGGAGAGCAGCCUGGGAAAAGAGGCUGCAGGCGCCGAUGACCUCAUGGAGGAGUGAUCCGUACCCUCACGGACUGGCUCUUCUUGUAAAUGCACCGCUGGACGUCUGAAGACCGCCCGACCCGUCAACGACUUCUCGCCUCGUCGUCUUUUCACACACUUGUAUCAACAGCUGCCUCUCGUCGUCUCUUCGUUUUCCCUCUUCCCUAUCUCGUUCGCUCGC